UUUUACUUCCCUCUCGCAGGCGGUUACUCUUAUAAAGGCCCCUGCGAGUCAGUUGGGUUAUAAUGAAGAAGGCAAGAUAAGCGCGAUGCAUCCCCCAGUUUUGUUUUGUUUCGUAUGUGCACAAGUCCUUGUUACCUUUUCCUUGGAAACUUUGCCAGUUGUCUCCUCACUGCAGCAGCUGCCUUACCAGCCACAAGAUGAUGCAAAGCACGCAGACGACAUUUCAACAAAUGACGAGAACAUGCUGGAAGACCUAGAGGGGAUAUUUUUUGGGAGGGAGCCCCCCGAACAACACCAUUCUCUCUAUCCGGUCGUGAACCAAGACACCUUUGGACUUUAUCAGAGAUUUGACAAAAGGCGAGACUUCAUGGGCAAACGAAACGCAGAGAUGAGUAAACGUAACGAGGCCUUAGCAAAAAGAAGAGACUUUAUCGGAAAGAGGCGUGACUUUAUGGGCAAGCGACGGAGUUUUAUGGGAAGGCGCUCUGAGGCGGAGGACUUUCCCAAAAGCAGAACUUUAAGUGGCAAGAAGUCAGGCGACGAUGCCUAUGCACUCCUGUUAAAAAAGAACCGCGGGUUUAUGGGGAAGCGGACCCGAGGAUUCAUGGGGAAGAGAAUCAACUUUCAGGUCACAGAGGACACAGGCUUUGACACCAAUGGUGAGAACACCAGCGAAGGCAGAUGCCGAACCAACCAAGACUGCAGCACCGACGCUAGCUGUUGCACCCUCUACCUGCCCUGGCUCGCGACCACGCAAUGCCUGCCAAGAGGCAACGAGGGAGAUGUCUGCGUACCGGAGCACUUGCACAAACCGACCGAACACUACUUCUGUCCUUGCCUACAGGGUCUGCGAUGUGACGUAAUAGGGGACUCAACAGACCGUGGAAUUUGUAUUAGAACCUGAACGUUGACGUCACAGUAAGCUAAUGUACAUCCGGGUAUCUGCUUCAUGUACAUAGGAGGGACAGCGAGAUCAUAAUAGAAACAGCAUCACUCGUCGAAAGUCACGGCAAACCCAUUGUAAAUUGGAUUAUUUUCUUAAAGGUACUUUGAGUAUCAAAAAUAUACGUACACAUUGCACAAACUCGUUUAUCGUAUUUCUUUCUUAUAAAGAUUCCUAUUUACUGAAGAAAAUAAACAGAGCUCUGAUUUUCGCCUGA